AUGUUGGCGCUGCUGCCGCUGCUGCUCGCCCUGGGCGCGGCCGCGCGCUGGGUCCCGACCCCCGACACGGUGCUGUGGGUGAGCGGCGGGGGUCGCGGGGGGGUCCACACGUUCCGGGUGCCGCUGCUGGCCGCGACCCCCGGGGGGGCCCUGCUGGCCUGCGCCGAGGGCCGCAAGCGCUCGGCCGCCGACGUGGGGGCCAAAAUCAUCGCGUGCCGCCGCUCCCCCGACCGAGGUCCCACCGCGUGUCCCCCUCCCCCUCCCCAGGUGGCGGCGGAUGACGGCUGGGGGGGGGAUGGGCUGAACCUGGGGGCUCUGGCGGGGGCGGGGGGGGAGGUGCUGCUGCUGUUCGCGCGCUGCGCCCACCCCCCCAAUUCCUGCGGCCCCCCCAGCACCCUCCUGCUGCGCUCCCGGGACGGGGGGCGCUCCUGGGACCCCCCCCAAAACCUCUCCCACCUCCUGCACGGGGAGGUGUUCGCCCCCGGGCCGGGCUCCGGCAUCCAGAAGCAGCGGGAGCCGUUCCGGGGCCGGGUGCUGUUCUGCGGGCACGGCUCGCUGGAGCGGGACGGGGUCUCGCUGCUGCUCAGCGAUGACGGCGGCCGCAGCUGGCGCCGGGGGGGGGUCCUGCCCGCCAUCCCCUUCGGAGCCCCCCGGCGCCCCCGAGACUUCACCCCCGACGAGUGCCAGCCCUACGAGCUUCCGGACGGUUCCAUCGCCGUCAGCAUCCGGAACCAGAACCAGUUCCGGUGCCGGUGCCGGAUGGUGGCGCGGAGCUGGGACGGGGGCGAGACGCUGCCCCCGGCCGCCGUGACCUUUGACCCCGCGCUGCCCGACCCGGCCGUGGCCGCGGGGGCCGCGGUGACCCAGGGGCUGGUGCUGUUCAGCAACCCCGCCCACGAGAGCCAGCGCGUGAACCUGACCCUGCGCUGGAGCUUCGACAACGGCACCACGUGGUGGGGGCGUGGCCUGCGCGUGUGGGCGGGGCCCAGCGGGUACUCGGCGCUGGCGGCCCCGCCCCCCGAGGACCAAGGCUCCGCCCCCCUGGUGUACCUGAUCUACGAGAAGGGGCGGAGCCUCUCCACCGAGAGCGUCUCAUUGGCCACCAUCAGCCUGGCGGGCGAUCCCUGACCCCGCCCCUUCCGGGCGCGGAAUAAACCCAUUGGUUCA